AUGUUCCGGCGCUUCGUCCGCGGGCCUCCGCGACGCAAAGCGUGGCCGCGGUCCACGGUCCGAGGAUGGGUGUCGCACUUCUGCCGGAUCCCGCUUCUGCUGGUGGCUGUGGCGGCCUUGUUUGAGGUGUACCUCCACAGGAGCCACCUGGCGGUGCAGCAGCCCGAGCACGAGCUGGACGAGCCCUUUGCCACGUCGUGCCAGGAGCCCGCCGUGGACCAGCCGCGCGAGAAGGCGGCGCUGGUGAUGCUGGCGCGCAACAAGGACCUGGCCGCGGCACUCAAGACGGUGCAGAGCAUUGAGCGCCACUUCAACCAGUGGUACCACUACCCAAUCGUCUUCCUGAAUGACGAGCCAUGGGGCGCCGAUUUUAUCGCCACCAUGAACGCCACGGCCAGCGGCGGCGCCCGCUUCGAGGUCAUACCAAAGGCCGAGUGGACCUAUCCGGCAUGGAUGGACACGUCUAGCGCCCAGUCCAGCAUCGCCGAGCAGGGCCGCCAGGGCAUCCUGUAUGCCGGCCUCGAGACCUACCACCACAUGUGCCGCUUCUACUCGGGCGCCUUCUACAACCUCGAGGCCCUGCGCGACUACAAGUGGUACUGGCGGAUCGAGCCCGACGUCGACUUCUACUGCUCCAUCACUUACGACCCCUUCGUCGAGCUGGCCCGCAACAACAAGGUCUACGGCUUCACCAUCGCCCUCAACGAGGAGCCGAGCACCUGUCCGGGCCUCUUUCGCGAGGUGGCCGACUGGAAGGAGCAGCACGACCUGCCCACCACGUCGCUCUGGCGCGCCAUGCUGGCGCCCUCGUGGGUGCCCUGGCCCUUCCGCUCGUUCAUGGGCCGGUUCAGCCACCGCAACCGCGACGGCGACGCGUGGAACAUGUGCCAUUACUGGAGCAAUUUCGAGAUUGCCAACCUGGACUUCUUCCGGAGCAAAAACUACCAAGACCUGUACAAGCACCUAGAGAGAUCGGGUGGCUUUUACUACGAGCGGUGGGGCGACGCUCCUGUCCACGCCCUCGCUCUCGCCAUGCUCGUCCCCUCUGAGCGCGUUCAUCACUUCGAGGACCUCGGCUACCGCCACGACUGGUACUACCAGUGCCCGGCCAACGCGCCAGGCGGCCAGCUUCCCGCGUCGGAGGUGCUCAAUGCCGGCGGCAACGGCGACCCGUCCAACUGGUCGCCGGCCCGCCCCGGCGGCAUCGGCUGCCGCUGCGAGUGCGACGGCUCCAAGACCCGCAACUACGCCACCUACUGCCUGCAGCGCCUGCGCCAGCCAAACACCACGCAGCGCCUCGGCCUUUUCGGCUGGCUCUACUCGUGGUUCUGGUGA